AUGCUUGAAGCUCGCCUCCAGACCGGUGCCCUCCUCAAGAAGGUCCUUGAAGCUAUCAAGGAGUUGAUCACAGAUGCCAACUUUGACUGCUCAGACAACGGUAUCGCGCUCCAGGCCAUGGACAACUCCCACGUCGCCCUCGUUGCCCUUUUGCUCCGUCACGAUGGAUUCGAGCCCUACAGAUGCGAUCGCUCGCUUGCUUUGGGAGUUAACCUGGUCUCGCUCUCCAAGGUCUUGCGCUGUGCCGGAAACGACGAUAUCAUCACCCUCAAGGCCGACGAUACCGCUGAUGUCCUCUCCUUGACCUUCGAGAACACUGAUAACGACAGAAUCUCAGAGUACGAGCUGAAGUUGAUGGACAUUGACAGCGAACACUUGGGUAUCCCCGACACCACCUACGAAGCCGUCGUCCAGAUGUCGUCCGCAGAAUUCGCUCGUAUCUGCAAAGACCUCCAGGUCCUCUCGGACUCUGUCCAGAUCGAUGUCACCAAGGAGGGUGUCAAGUUUGGCGCCAAGGGCGAGCUCGGAUCGGGCGCAGUGACAUUGAAGCAGAACGGAAACGUUGACAAGGAGGAGGAGGCAACUUUGAUCGAGCUCCAGCAGAACGUGUCAUUGAACUUCUCGCUCAAGUACCUCGUCAACUUUACAAAGGCUACCCCCUUGGCCUCCCGUGUCUCCUUGUCCAUGUCCAGUGAGGUUCCUCUUUUGGUCGAGUACAAGAUGGAGGCUGGUUAUAUCCGCUACUACUUGGCCCCAAAGAUCGGUGAGGACAACUAA